UUUGAUAUAUUCGUGUAUUUCGGCGUAAUGCAUUUGAAUGAAUAUUUUAAUAAAAUACACUAGUUUAAAGGGCAAAAAAGUGUUAAAAAUGUUAUUGAAAGGUGCAGAAACAAAAAGAGUGAAAAAGUUGUUUCGAAAUGUUAAUAGUUUGAGUAAAAAGUGUGUUUAAAGAAAAGGACCGCAUCGCAAGUGAAAAAUUUUCAGACGACUACAUAAAAAUUUGUUCGUGUCCCGAAAGCCAAGCGUUUCUUCGGUCUCGUGUAUUCCACUCAUAAAGGAAAAAAGAAAAUUGAAAAUUUCCAACUUUCCCCGUGAAAAACUGUGAAAAAAUUUAAAGACUUAAAUAGCGUGGAGUUUAUAGAAAAUCUAGAUACCUAUUAAUGGACUGAGAUUGUUGUAAGUGAGCCAAAUAUAGCAGUGUAUUUGAGUUGGUUUUGAAAAACUGAAACUGUUUAUGUGAAAGUGAUUACGACUAAUGGUUAUGAAUAGUUUUGCAAUCGUUUUUAAACAAUUCAUAUUCCAAUAGUUUAAAAGAGCAAAGUUAGGCAGGUGUGGCUAGAUACAAGGUUUGCCUGCCAUUAAAUAUAUCAUACAUUUGCUGGAUUAUUUGAAUGAAUCGUCUGCGCAAACAUUAAUUGCCGAACAGCCUCCGGGUGGAGUCCUCGUCAUAAUUUUGAUAUAGCUUGGAGCAUAGAACUUGGAAGAGGGGUUUACACUACCCUCGUUUCCACAUUAAUUGCAAAAUUAAGUAGAGAAUAAAAGUAGUUGGUGCCGACAUUACGCACUAAUAAAAGUCAUCGACGAAUUGAAAAGUGAAAAAGAAUCAGACGAAAUAAAUACAAGGCAUAGACAGAAUAAGCAAAAGAAAAGAAACUCGUUGUGUUUUCUUUUUAAUACAACGUUCGCGCAGUACCAUCGCUUGGCAGAAGUGAAGCAAUCGUCGAAGGUGGUCAUCGUAGCUGCAUGGUAAUUGUUAUUGCAAUCAUCACUGUGUACUUAUUUAUGUCUCUCUCACACCUAUUGGCGAGUAAUGGUAAAAAAAGCCGCAUGCGAAUAGGAUACAUAGAAAGUGAGUAGGGAACAACGAAAAACAAAACAAAGUACGCAAAGAACAGAAACAGCAGAUAUUAAAGUCAAAAACGACGAAUAUUAGGAAGAAGCAGAUUGUGCAAAGUAAAGCAAGACAAAGCAAUGUAAAAACAGAGCUGUUGUCUUAUUCGAAAUGUUUUUGUAGUGAAUUGGUGAAAAUCGCUGGUGAAAAAUCAUGAGUGUAUCGUGAAUACAACCAAACGAAGAAGUGACAAAGUGGAAGGGAAAAGCCGUAUACAGAUUGUUGGUGAUUAUUCGGACAGUUUUUGUUACAAAUCUUUUUAGCACAAACAUCGUAGAACAGCAUUGCACUGUGAACUCUACACUUUCGGAAAUUUUGCCUGAUUAAAGGAAUAUUAAUUUUACAGUGUUUUCUACUUCAAGAUUUGGACAUACAAUAAUUUUAUGCGCGACGUUGCAGUGAUGAUAUAAAUGCAUAACUCAGCAGUGCAGUUGCAGCGGCCGUUGACGGAAACUAGAAGCCUCUUACAACAGCAACUGCAAAAAUUAUAUACACCUGGGAUUGAGUCAAAUAAGUAAUGAAUGAGAAAAUAAAAUCACCCUCUGGGCAGGGUGGUGCAGCUGGCGGAGGAGGGGUAGGCCCACCAAGCGGACCCAGUGGUCCAGUUGGAUCUGGCAGUACUGGUAAUAGCGGUAAUGGUGGGCCAGGUGCUGGUGUCCCAGGUGGUCCAGCUACACUUAAUUCAGCCAUAGGCGGUGGUCCACCCAGUGGAGGUCCACCGGCACCUAAUAACGGUAGUGAUCAACAACAACAUACAAUUCCGCAUUCAUAUGGACCACCUGGUAGUGAUCCAGUCGCUGCAAUAUCACAUUAUCAUAUGCACCAACAGCAGCAUCCGCAACAACAUUUGUCUCACCAGCAGAGUGGCCCCGGAGGCCCUGGAGUCCCACAAAACCCCGGUGAGCAUCCACAAAAAGAUGAAUACGGACAAGGUACUUUGGGUGGACCACCACCACCACCUACUGGUGGGCACCAUCCCGUUUACGGACGUUAUCAUCAUCCAGAUCCAAAUAUUGAUCCAUACCGCUAUGGGCAUUCGCCUAUGCAACAGCCGCCUCCUGGAGGCAAACCACAACAACAACCAGGACCGCCGUCUGGACCGGGUGGUGGCAUAGCCUCUCCCAGUCGACCACCACAGCAACGAUAUAUUCCCGGGCAGCCACCGCAAGGUCCUACCCCCACAUUAAAUUCUUUAUUACAAUCGUCGCAUCCACCGCCGCCGCCACAACAUCGUUACGCAAAUAGUUAUGAUCCACAACAGCAGCAACAAGUGGCGCAACAGCAACAACAAGGCGGACCACAUGGACCGCCGCCUCCACCACAUCAACCAUAUGGAGCGCAACAAGGUUGGGCGCCACCACCACGUCCAUAUAGCCCACAAUUAGGACCGUCGCAGGCCUAUCGAACGCCACCACCGACAAAUACUUCCAGAGGUCAAUCACCUUAUCCGCCAACACAUGGUCAAAAUUCAGGUUCCUAUCCAAGUUCACCCCAACAACAGCCAGGCGGUCCACCACCGCCACCUCCGCAAUCAUCAAAUCAAGGAACGGCUGCUGCACAAUACUCACCGUAUCCACAGCGGUAUCCUACACCGCCUGGACCGGCGACAGGUCCUAAUCAUCGAACUGCCUACUCACAGCAUCAGUAUCCUGAACCGAAUCGACCUUGGCCCGGUGGUACAUCGCCGGCACCUAGUCCUGGGCCUGGUGGCCAUCCUCAUCCCCCAGCAUCACCACAUCAAUCACAGCAUGGCGGCCCACCGCCCAGCAGUAGUCCCGGGCAUGCACCGAGUCCUUCACCGCAGCCAUCACAGGCGUCACCAUCACCACAUCAGGAAUUGAUCGGCCAGAAUAGCAACGAUAGUUCUAGUGGCGGCGGGCACAGCGGCAUGGGUUCGGGGCCGCCGGGAACACCCAAUUCACAGCAAGUAAUGCGUCCCACACCUUCACCAACAGGCUCUUCAGGUUCGCGUUCCAUGUCACCAGCAGUGGCACAAAAUCAUCCAAUUUCACGACCUUCUAGUAAUCAAUCGAGUAGUGGUCCGAUGCAACAGCCUGGCGCUUCUGGACCUCCACCACCCCCGCCCCAUAUGCAAGCGGCGCAAGGUGGCGGUGGUCCACAGCAACAACAACAGCAGCAGCAAAUGCCUGCACAAUCGCAAUCUCAGCAACAGCCUAUAGGUGGACCUGGUGGUGUGCACAGCUCACCAUCUGGUGUUGGUGGCUCGCAACAACAAGUUGGUGGUCUACCGCCAGGUGGUCCUGGCGCUCCUACAGGUCCGCAACAACAACAACUUCCGCCAAAUCAAAGCUUGAACAGUAUGUCAACACCACCUCCGCAAGGGGCGGGUGGUGGUGCGGGCGGUUACCCACCACCGCCACAUAUGCAUGGUGUCUAUAAAAUGGGUGGUCCAGGGCAGAGUCCGGGACCAGGACCGCAAGGUUUACCGACUGGCUACCCACCUCCACAACAGUCCCAACAAUAUUCUCAAGGAUCUUACCCGCCUCGUCCGCAAUACACACCCAGCGGUUACGCGCCCUCUCAACCGCCUUCAAAUCAACCAACCUCCGCCAAUAGUAUGCCUCCCGGUGGCGGUCCUCAAUAUCCCGGUCGGCCAAUGCCAAAUCAUACUGGUUCCGGUGGUCCACAUGCGCAGUAUCCACCCUAUCAGAAUUGGGUGCCACCAUCACCACAAGGUGGUCCCGGAGGUGGCGGCUCACCAGGCGGUGCCGGUGCUGCGGGCAUGGGCAAUCAUGUACAAGGCAAAGGAACACCUCCACCCGGCGGUCCACCACAGCCACCCGGAGGCGGCUCACCGCGCCCGCUCAACUAUUUGAAACAGCAUUUACAACAUAAGGGCGGCUAUGGCAGCGGUCCAGCGCCGCAGCAGGGCUAUGGUAAUGGUCCAGGCAUGCAUCCGGGUAUGCCAAUGGGACCACCUCACCACAUGGGACCGCCACACGGACCUACAAACAUGGGCCCACCAACAAGUACCCCGCCACAAUCGAUGGGUGGGGUUGGCCCUAUUGGCAGUAUGGUGGGUGUGAGCGGAAAUGUUGGUAGCGGAGUAGUGUUGUCCGGUGACGGCGAACACAUUUCACAGGAUAACGGCAUUAGUUCGUCGGGCUCAUCCACAGCAUCGGGACCACAUCCGGUCACUUCAGUGGUGACAACUGGACCAGAUGGCACACCCAUAGACGAAGUUAGCCAACAAAGUACGCUAUCAAAUGCAUCAGCAGCUUCUGGUGAAGAUCCACAAUGCACAACACCAAAAUCUCGUAAAAACGAUCCAUAUAGCCAAAGUCAUUUAGCGCCACCAAGCACAUCGCCGGUUGGUCAUCCCGGACAUCCAGUUGGGCCCAGUGAAGAAUAUGAAAUGAAUUCACCCCCAAAUUGGACGCGACCACCAGUAAGUCCUCAAGUUUUCAAUAGCCAUGGACCGCCACAAGAGACUUUUCGUACAUCGUCUACGAAAAAAUCCGAUAGCCUGUGCAAACUAUACGAAAUGGAUGAUAAUCCGGAGAGACGAAGUUGGCUUGAUAAACUGCGUGCGUUCAUGGAAGAGCGACGUACACCCAUCACCGCCUGUCCAACAAUAUCGAAACAACCGCUCGAUUUAUAUAGGUUAUAUAUUUAUGUAAAAGAACGUGGAGGAUUCGUCGAGGUAUGCAAGGUUACGAAAAGUAAAACAUGGAAAGAUAUCGCCGGUUUAUUGGGCAUAGGUGCCAGCAGUAGUGCUGCUUACACCCUACGCAAACACUAUACAAAGAAUUUGUUGACCUUCGAGUGUCACUUCGAUCGGGGCGACAUAGACCCGUUGCCCAUCAUUCAGCAGGUGGAAGCCGGCACAAAAAAGAAAUCGACCAAAGCCGCUUCUGUACCAUCGCCAGGCGGUGCAAUUGCGCUUGAAAAUACAAAUGCAUCAACAAUGUCAGCAGGUUCCUCAAAUUCUCAAGAUUCAUUCCCUGCACCGGGCGCAGCCGCUAAUGCAUCGAUUGAUGGUUAUCCAGGUUAUCCGAGUGGUUAUCCCGGCACAGCAGGGCCACAGCCAGACUAUGGUGCGGGUGGUGGUCAAAUGCAACGACCACCCUCGCAAAGCAACGCACAAACCCCACAUGCAGGUAAUACUCAAACAGCAGCAGUUGGUGAUAAUAUUAGUGUGAGCAAUCCUUUUGACGAUCCGGUUGUGGGUGGCGGUGGUAGUGGCAAUAGUAGCGUCAGCAAUGCGCCACCGCCGCCCCGUGCCUCCCCUUAUCAACAGGGCGUUGGCAAUGCUUACACGCCGGUGUCUAGAACGCCAGGUUCCCCAUAUCCGGGUCAACCAGGUGCUUACGGUCAAUAUGGUUCAAGUGAUCAAUACAAUGCCACUGGUCCACCGGGCCAGUUUGGUCAGAGCCAAGGACCACAAUUUCCACCACAAAAUCGAAACAUGUACCCUCCUUAUGGACCAGAGGGGGAAGCUCCUCCACCUGGUGCAAAUCAAUAUGGCCCUUAUGGUAAUCGUUCGUAUAGUCAACCGCCACCGGGUAGCUCUCAAACACCUACACCGCCUGGUUCGGCGGUAGGUGGAACUGCUGGUCCACCGACUGGUGGUCCGCAAGCGCCAGGCGGCGGUUAUCCGCCAGUUGCUCCAACUCAACAGGAUUAUUAUAGGCCGCCCGAUCAGACGCCGCAACCACGUCGACAUCCGGAUUUUGUGAAAGAUUCUCAACCCUAUCCAGGUUAUAACACCAGACCUCAAUUAUAUGGGGGUUGGAGCGGUUCAACUCAAUACCGUGGGCAAUAUCCUUCUGCACCCUCGCCACAAGGUUGGGGUAGUGCACCACCACGCACAGCCGCACCGCCUGGUGGCGGUCCACUAGGACCUCCAAAUCAACAGUCAUCUGCCGCAGUGCAAUGGGAACAGCAUCGUUAUGGCCCCCAACAGCCUCCACCUCCGCCACAACAGCAGCCACCAUACCAACAACAAGGUCAGCAGCAACAGCCACCACCACCACAGUGGGCACAAAUGGCAGGCACUGCACAGCCACCACCCCAAGCGAGUGCACCUGGCACAGCGUUGAGGCCAUCUAGCGGAGGUCCACAGCAGCCACCACAACAACGGCCCGGUAUGCCACCACCACCCGCCCAGCAACUGCCUGUUGGCCCGACGUCCAGUCAAAACAUGACAAAGCCACCUUUUGUGAUGCCACCGCCACCUCAAGUUGGCGGCACAGGUUCUCCUACUUGCGGUCCACCACCAUCUAUAGCACCACCCAGCACAGUUAAUGCGAUGCCGUCAGUUAUGGGCGCGCCUGUUGCUGGUGUGUCCAAGCCACCGGUCUCCGCCGUAAACGCUGUACCACAAGUCGGCUCUCCCGGCCUACCACAAUUACCAGCACAACAGCAGCCCCUGCAUGCUCAGCCACAGCAACAGUUUCCAACUCCUGCUGGUACCCAGAUCAUUAAAAAGGAGAUUAUUUUUCCGACGGAUAGCGUUGAAGCCACCACACCCGUGUUGUAUAGACGCAAACGUUUGGCUAAAACCGAUGUUUGUCCGGUGGAUCCAUGGCGCAUAUUUAUGGCAAUGCGCUCCGGUCUAUUAACAGAGUGCACCUGGGCGUUAGAUGUAUUAAAUGUGUUGCUCUUCGAUGACACAACGGUACAGUACUUUGGGCUGGCGCACUUGCCUGGCCUGUUAACUCUCCUUUUGGAGCACUUCCAAAAGAAUCUCGCAGAGAUGUUCAACGAUAGCGACACGGACCUUGAUCAUCAUAGGGGCGGCAGUCGAAAUGCACGUAUAGUACAAAUCUACAACCGCAAACAAAAACAUCAACAACAUGGCAUCAACGAAGUCGUCGAGUGUAACAACGAUUACGACAAAUACAAGUCGUUUCAAAUGUCAAUAGUCGAUGAUGAAGAUGAGGGCAUUGAUUUAGGCCAGAUACGUGUGCUACCAAAUCCUGAAGAGAGAAUAAUGUUGCUUUCGCACACACCCAACUACACAAUGAUGUCGCGUAAGGGCUUGCCAGUACGUCUGCAACCGGCGGAAGAAGAUAUUUUCGUAUCGAACAGACAGAAGGACUGGGAUUCGGAGGAGGAGCCCAUCUAUGAGCAGACAAAUGUGACUGAACCCACUGGUUGGAGUUGGACGUAUGGUUUUGCGGAUCGCAAUGCCAAAGAUGGCAUUAUCGACGUGUUCAAGUCGGAAAUUAUAAACAUUCCAUUCGCGCGUUUCAUACGUGGCAGCAACGAAAAGAGCUGUAGUAACAGUAUAGGUGCGACCAAGUCGUCAAUGAAAACUAAUGCAGAAGAUGCGAAUAAUGCUGGAACCUGCGAAACAAGCAGUAAAAUUGUGAAAAGCGAGCAAACGGAAGACGGAAGCUGCCCAGAGGAUAGUAGAGUGGAGCAUGCGUUUAACAAAAAGCGACGAUUAUUCAACAACAGCAACAGUAAUAACAGCAGCAAAUACGGUGGCUGCGAUGGUAGCGGUGCAAAGAGAUCUAAAUUGAAUGACGAUGAAAUUGCAUUUGCGCAACCUGGUCUCAUCAAAAAGGAACCCUCAGACGCUGCGCUCGUAGAGAAUUCAUCAACAGCAACUGAUAGCGACUGCCGCGAGGUCGAUAUGGAAAUUGAGUUACUGCCCCAACAACGUCUAGGUAAUUGCGGCGGUGCUAGCGUGCCGAAAAACUUUGAUCCAAUAUCGACAGUGCGAGAUGCAGCACAGGUGUUGCAGCGACGGCGUGCAUCUACGGUAGAAGAAGAGUGCUAUACACGUGACGAAGCCAGUCUUUACCUGGUUAGUGAGUGUCAAGAUGCGCUGGCGCGUCGCUGUAUCUGCCUAUCAAACAUCUUCCGCAACCUGACAUUUGUGCCCGGCAACGAAACUCUCUUAGCUAAAUCGCGCCGCUUCCUCGCUAUCCUUGGUCGCUUGCUGCUGCUCAACCACGAACACUUACAGCGAACGCCAAAAACGCGUAAUUAUGAUCGCGAGGAGGACACUGAUUUUUCAGAUUCAUGCAGUUCACUACAGGGAGAACGCGAAUGGUGGUGGGAUUAUCUAGUUCACAUACGCGAAAAUAUGCUCGUCGCCUUGGCGAAUAUUGCCGGCCAUUUAGAAUUGUCACGCUACGAUGAACUCAUCGCACGGCCACUGAUCGACGGCCUCCUGCAUUGGGCUGUGUGUCCAAGUGCGCAUGGUCAAGAUCCAUUCCCAUCUUGUGGUCCAAAUUCUGCGCUUUCGCCGCAACGGCUAGCGCUCGAAGCACUCUGUAAACUUUGCGUUACAGAUGCCAAUGUCGAUCUCGUUAUAGCAACACCACCGCAUUCAAGGCUGGAAAAGUUAUGCGCCGUGUUGACACGUCACCUGUGUCGCAAUGAGGAUCAAGUAUUGCGGGAGUUUUCCGUUAAUCUGCUGCAUUAUUUAGCCGCUGCGGAUAGUGCUAUGGCACGAACAGUGGCGUUACAAUCUCCUUGCAUCUCAUAUCUUGUGGCGUUCAUCGAACAAGCAGAGCAAACAGCUUUAGGCGUGGCCAACCAGCACGGAAUCAACUAUCUGCGCGAAAAUCCCGACUCGAUGGGAACUAGUUUGGACAUGCUACGACGUGCUGCCGGCACGUUACUACAUCUGGCCAAACAUCCGGACAACCGAUCGCUAUUCAUGCACCAAGAACAACGUCUGCUCGGUUUGGUGAUGUCAAAUAUACUCGACCAACAGGUAGCACUGAUUAUAUCCCGUGUAUUAUUUCAAGUUUCGCGUGGCACUGGUGUAGGGGGACCGUCGAUGAUGCCGUCACUGGAAUAUCGCUUCCAACAACGGCAAACUGAGGAGAAAAUCACCGCAGGCGAAAAGCACAACGCUUCCGGUAGUAUUGGCAGCAAUGAUGUAAAAGUGGAAAAUAAAGUGGAAACAGCAUCGACUGCCGCUACAGUAACAACAAAUCCGCCACAAUCUGCAGCAAAUGCGGCAACAGCACACACCACACCUCAUGUAGUAAUAAGCGAUAUUAAAAGUGAGGAACUACCAGCAACUUCCAACGACUUGAACGAUGCCAGCACCAUCAACGCAAAUGGUAACAACAGCACCAGCAGUGCGAGCAACCACAACACCAGCGACAAUAGCAACGAUCCAGCGUUCACGCACAAGUUGCCAGCAGCAGCAUCUACGCCUACAGUGAUGAGCAAGUCUCAAAACGCUUGUACCACUGUCGAUGAUAAUAGUAAUAGUAGUAACGCUCUGGCGCCCGCAGCGGCUUUGUUGAACGAUGUCAGCAAUAGCAGUACCAACAGUAACAGCUGCGGCACAGUAAGCAGUAACAGCAAUAGUAACAGUAUAAGCAGCGGCAACAACAACACCAACAGCAAUAUGCACAUAAAAAAUGCGAUUGAGAACGCCAACGUGAAUGCGCUAGGAGCAAUGGCUCCUAUGCUGGCCAGCAGUGAAACGAGUCAUUUGCAGCCAAAUCUGCUGAGCAGUAAUGGCAGUGGUAAGAAUGUGAUCAGCGCACCUAUACCCACUAUUAAUGCAGCACCACUUACGAAUACCAGCAACAACAAUGGUAAUGGGACGGACAGUCGAACCAAUGCGCAGGCAUCCGCAGCGUUAACGGGUGCGCCGACGCGAUCGCCACCUCCGCCACCACCACCAACGGCAAACGCAGCAGCAGCCGCGGCACCAUCCGCACCCACAGCUCCACCAGCAACUACAACAGCAGCAGUUGCGUAGUACAUGACGAUGUUGCCGACGUUAGCAGCUGUGCCGGCAGUGUCAGUGCAACAGCAGCAGCAGCAGCAGCAACAAGAACACUUGCAUAUACAUGAACAACAGCAUCUUGGUGUGGAUCAUCAUCAUCUGCACCACCAGCAGCAACAUCACUAUGCCCAGCUGGAUGGGCAUUAUCAACAGCAAACGGCGACGCCACCACCACCACCACCACAAACAUCUCCGCAGCCACACUACCAUCUGCCGCCAUACCACUAUCACUGGAGCAAGCAGCAAUCACCUCUGCAGCCACCAACAGCACAUCCUCAACCUCAUCAGCCGGAAGAUGCACACUAGAUGUCUCUAUAAGCGUGAUUCGUCAUUUAUUACAACAGAACAACGUAGCAUUCGUAGCGAAGUAGAACUAAGGUAUAACGGUUAUGACGUAUAUGAGCAAAGUCAUGCUAUAGUUCAAUACAAAAUGCGGAGAUGACUUAGUUGUCACAGCGACGUUUAAGUAAAAAAAAAAAAAAACAUUUACCAUCCUCGCGUCGCUGCAUCUCUCUCCGCCUACAGUUGUAUAUGCCUAGAGGAAAUAGCAAAUAAAUUAAAUAUAUACAUAUAUAUGAUAAUGGUGAUCAACCUUGUAGAUAUAGUAACAUGAGUAGUAUUUAGUUUGUGUAAAGAAAAGUAUGUCUCACUUUUUGUAUUUUUAUUAUUAUUAAUAUUAUUUUUGUAAUAUUUUAAGAUACUUCUAAUUUCAUACCUAUGCUGGGAUAUAGAGUUAAUAGAAAGAAAUAUCAAACAAACAUUUGACAAAAACAUAAACAAAUAUGCAUUACUAACACAUGACAUAAAGCGACUUAAAGCAAGCUCUACGCUAAUGCUAAAAGGAAAAGGAAAGUGGAUUCAAGAGAACCAGACGUUAUAACAUAAUGUAUACAGAACCGUUGAAAUCGAAUAAAAUUGUAAAGGCUUUCUUGUUGGAACGCAUCCAAAGACCAACUAUAGCGGUCCUGCAUAUCAAAAGCGCCGCGCUUUCGUUAUAAAAUAUUUGCAAAAUUUUUAAUACAUAUUCGCAGUUUGUUUAGUGUUCGAAUUAUCAAUUAAUAGCAGCAUUAAUUUCGCUAAGGAUGUACACAUGUAAAUAGCUCAAAAUUAUUGCUCUGACUCAAAUCUAGUAUUAAAAAUCUGUAAUAAUUGCAUAUUUUCGAUAGGUUUCCUUUUUUUCGUUUUUUUUUUUUGUUAAUUUUAAUCGUUUCUCGUUUCUCUGCAAUUUGUAUUUCGAAUCACACAUGUGAUUGGGCGAAAAAUACCUUCGUAUGCUGUCUCGCACUGCGCACUCCCCCACAAUAAAAUUAUCAAAUCUAAGAAGCGGCAUUGAGAUAAAACUGCUCUAGUUAUUGAAGGAAACUAAUUAAUAACACAAUAUUUCCAUUAUUUAUUACAAAAAUCUGAAAGUAACGGUAUUAAGUGUGCACAGAACGCUACUAGCUAAUGGUAAUCUACGCAUGUCAAUCAAAAUAAGAAAUUUAACAUUGUUUUAUCUUUUUUCAUUUUUUUUUUCUAUUAUUUCUUUUUUUAUUUUUUGCACGUCUUGUUUCUGUUGUAAAAUGUUUGUUAUUGUAAACUAGAAAGUAAAUUAAUUUAAAAUUUUAAAUUGUCCAUUUGGGGUACACUUUUCUCUUAAACCUGUAAAUAUGGUUUCUAAAAAUGUUUCUCUUCUUAAUUUCGCUUACAAACUGUGGCCCAGUCACAAUCCCAUCAUAUGAACAAGCGCACAUGCCCUAACGAAAUAUCUUAUAUGUAUGUUACUGAGAGCAAAUUAAAGAUUAUACAAAAUGCAUUUCCUCAAUAUUGAGAACCAAUGCAAUUUAGAAAAUUAAUUUCUUUCAUAUUUAUUGAUGCUAUUUUUAAAAUAUGAUUCGUGUAUAAAUAGUGUGCAUAUACAUAUAUACAUAUAGUAUAUAUAUAUAUGCAAGUAUUUUUUGCAUAUUAACGAGCAAAUGGAACUCCACACAAAAUGUGCAUGUAACAUAAUAAUAAAGGAAUAAAUCUACAAAAA